AUGGCGGUUGGUACAUGUAAAACAGGAGACGCUAACCCUGUGGAAACACCCAGUCUCUCGCUCCUAAGUGCUGAUAACUGUGUUGGAGGCUGUAAAGAUGGAUGGACACAAUUUGGAAAUAAGUGUUACUUCUUUAGUCGACAAGCUGAAUCAUGGAUUGACGCAAUUUCCUUUUGUCGUGUGUUUGAUUCAAAACUAGCUGAGCCAUUGACUUCAGAGGAAUCACAUUAUUUAAUAAGUCACAGCCAGCAUAUUGGAGGAAAUUUUUGGAUUGGCAUAUCAGACGUAAUCGUUGAAGACAGAUGGAUAUACUCAACCGGACAAACACCGAUUACAGUUAAUAAUUUUCAACCGGGACAACCUAAUGGACAUACUUCCCAAAACUGUGUGGCAUUGUGGGCUUCUUUCCAUGGAUACUGGGCAGAUGAGAACUGUCUUACCAGAUAUCCGUUUAUUUGUGAGACAGAUAUUGAGUCUACAGAGUCACAGAUUGUUGGUUGA